CUGAAAUGGCCAGCGACCUCUCCGAAUACACACAAUCCGUACUGUUAUCGUUUCGUGAUCUCGAAACCGCUGCGAAAGGAGCCCAACCUGUCCAUCUCGAUGGCCACUCUCUGCGUCUCAGCGACGCCGUCGCGGUCUCAAAAUAUGACGCUCGCGUCAGAGUAACGGAUGACCCCUCAGUGCUUUCUUGCAUGGAAGCCAGUGUAGCACUGCUCGACAAAAGACUAGCCGAAGGGCGGGUCGUAUAUGGUGUGAAUUCAGGCUUUGGAGGUAACGCGGACACGCGUACAAAUGCCCACGAGGACCUCCAGAAAGCGCUCAUCCAGCACCAUAAUACGGCCGUUGUUCUGCCUUCAGACAAGGGGCAAACAUGCUCUUCGAUAAUCCGCAGCCUCCCGGCGCACUCGAUCCCUAUUCCGAUCGUCAAGGCAGCAAUGGUCGCGCGAUGCAAUUCUCUCAUCCGUGGCCAUUCUGCUGUUCGCAUUGAUAUUGUGCGCAAUCUUGCGACGAUGAUCAAUGAGGAUUACACGCCAGUUGUGCCGCUGCGCGGGAGUAUCUCUGCUUCGGGCGACCUGACACCGCUGGCGUAUAUUGCGGGGGCCUUGGAGGGUAACCCUGAUAUCUAUGUCCAGUGCGGAGGGACAAAGGAUGACAAGAUUGUGACUGCGGACGCGGCACUCAAGGAGCUUGGAUUGGAGCCGUUGACCUUUAGACCUAAGGAGGCAUUGGGACUGCUUAACGGAACGGCAUUCAGCACUGGUGCAGCGAGCCUUGUCCUCUUCGAAGCAAAUCAGCUCAUCCUCCUCACACAGGUCCUGACUGCAAUGACAACUGAAGCUCUGCUCGGCACGAUGCGCAACUUCGACCCCUUCAUCGCUGAGGCACGGCCCCAUCCAGGCCAGAAAGAAGUAGCCGCAAAUAUUUUCCGUUUCCUAUCCGAUUCCCAAUUAACGACCGAUCAUGACCAUUCACCUUCCGACAACGACCUCGCCCAAGAUCGUUACCCCCUCCGCACGGCCUCACAAUGGAUAGGCCCGCAUGUCGAGAACAUGGCCUUGGCGCAAGCCCAAGUGGCCAUCGAGCUCAAUUCCACGACGGACAAUCCGCUCUUUGACGUCGCCAACGACACCAUCCACCACGGCGGCAACUUUCAAGCAAUGUCCAUCACGAGUGCCAUGGAAAAGACCACGAGUGCCAUGCAGACCCUAGGUAAACUGGUCUUCGGGCAGUGCUCUGAGCUCAUCAAUCCCAUGCUCAGCAAGGGCCUUCCCCCGAACUUGUGUGCCGAUGACCCCUCGUUGUCGUUCGCCUUGAAAGGCGUCGAUAUCAACAUGGCGUCUUACAUGUCUGAGCUUGGGUACCUCAAUAAUCCAGUCAGCAACUUUGUGCAAUCAGCGGACGUGAAUAACCAGGUUGUCAACUCGCUGGCCUUGAUUGGGGCACGGUAUGCUGCGGAUGCAGUGGAGGUGUUCUCGCUCAUGGCGGCUAGCCAUAUAUACGCGCUCUGCCAGGCCGUGGAUCUCCGGGAGAUCCAUAGGACUUUUGAGACGAUUGCCCGAAAGCAUGUUGUCGAAUAUACAUCGGACCUUUUCGGUCAGUCCCUCACUGACAACGAUAUAAACACACUAUGGGGCGAGUUGAUGCGCCAUUGGAACUGCACCGCUACACUCGACCUCGAACAGCGCGCUACAACUGCUGUCUCGCAGACGAUGGGCACCCUCUUCAUCCUCAGCAGCAAACCUAGCUCACCAUCCAUCGAUGGCAAUGUUGUUCGUGAAUGGCAGUCCACUGUCACUGAUCUCCUAAAGUACCACUGCGCCGCAAACCGCAAGGCGUACUUCACCGACCCGCCUACUGGGAAAUUGCUCUGCUCGUCUUCGGCAAAGAUCUACAACUUUGUUCGUGAUACCCUGAAGGUUCCUAUGCAUAAGGGGCUAGUGGACCACCCAACUUACCCUUCAGGUUGUGAAGGUGACAAGAGGACGAUCGGCUCGCAUAUUGGGACUAUCUAUGCUGCUCUGAGAGAGGGGCAGUUCAUGUCUGUUCUGGCCGAUUGUUGGGCAUAGUCUAGAUUAGUUCUUUUGAUGAUAGAUUGAACAUAUUUCGGUGAUGAUUUAGA